GUGGACUUUGGAGAAGAAGAAGCGAGGAAGCAACAGAGAGAGAGAAAGAGAGAGAGAGAAGCAAGGUAGAGAUCAGAAUUGAGAAGUCAAGGCGAGUAGUUGAAGGAACGUAUGCAACUACUCUUCUAAUCUCACAAUCUCUUUCGCUUUUCUCGUUCCAUUCCACAAAAUUAGAGAAAAAAUGGACGAACAUGGCAAUUCCUGUCGCUGAUCAUCAUCCCAAUCCGACAUCAAAAGAGGAUGUCCCAAUCUGAUGUCUCUUAUUGUUGUGGAUCUUGUGGAUACCCUUUGAACUUGACAUCUUCAAAUCGAAUCACAUCUGACAUUGCAUCUGAAUAUCAAAAGUCUGUUAAGAAAGGAUCAAUUUCUUUUGCUUCAGUUGAUCUCAGCCGAUUUACACAGGUUGAUGAAAUAAAUUGUUUUCCCUUCUCAUGGUUUUAUCGUUCAAAGACUAAACUGCUUUGCCGUAAAUGCGGGGUUCAUAUUGGUUAUGGUUAUGGUGGAGAAUCACCUACUCUUUGUGGACUUGAGCCUCCAGUUUCGUCUAGCUCUCAGAUAAAAUUCACCAUAAAGAUUAGAUCACUACAGCCUUCUUCAGAAGAGUCUUGA